GGCCACAGCCAGUCCAGGCACACACACUGUGCUGGAGUGUACACCUACCCUAGACACCUUCCUGCUUCCCUUCUUCCAGAGCAGACCUCUUUGUCACCCUGACCUCCUGUUUCUUAAGCAGUCAUGUCUGUGACAAAAAGUACUGAGGGUCCCCAGGGAGCCGUUGCCAUCAAACUGGACCUUAUGUCGCCUCCCGAAAGUGCCAAGAAGCUGGAGAACAAAGACUCUACAUUCUUGGAUGAAAGUCCUUCAGAGUCACCAGGCUCGAAGAAGACCAAAGGCAUAACAGGGUUCCAGGCCUUGGUUCACCUGGUGAAAGGCAACAUGGGCACAGGGAUCCUGGGACUACCCCUGGCUGUGAAGAAUGCGGGCAUCCUGAUGGGUCCACUCAGUCUGCUGGUGAUGGGGUUCGUCGCCUGCCACUGUAUGCACAUCUUGGUCAAGUGUGCCCAGCGCUUCUGUAAGAGGCUUAACAAGCCCUUUAUGGACUAUGGGGACACAGUGAUGCAUGGACUAGAAGCCAACCCCAGCACCUGGCUCCGGAACCACGCUCACUGGGGAAGGCAUAUCGUGAGCUUCUUCCUUAUUGUCACCCAACUUGGCUUCUGCUGUGUGUACAUUGUGUUUUUGGCCGAUAAUUUAAAACAGGUAGUGGAAGCUGUUAAUAGCACAACCAACAACUGCCAUUCCAAUGAGACCAUUAUUCUGACCCCCACCAUGGACUCACGACUCUACAUGCUCUCCUUCCUGCCCUUCCUGGUGCUGCUGGUUCUUAUCCGGAACCUCAGAAUCUUGACCAUCUUCUCCAUGCUGGCCAACAUCAGCAUGCUGGUCAGCUUGGUCAUCAUCACCCAGUACAUCACCCAGGAAAUCCCAGACCCCAGUCGGUUGCCACUGGUAGCAAGCUGGAAGACCUACCCUCUCUUCUUCGGAACAGCCAUUUUUUCUUUUGAAAGCAUUGGUGUGGUUCUGCCUCUGGAAAACAAGAUGAAAGAUGCCCGCCACUUUCCAGCCAUCCUGUCUUUGGGAAUAUCCAUCAUCACUGCCCUGUACAUCGGCAUCGGGGCUCUGGGCUACCUGCGGUUUGGAGAUGACAUCAAGGCCAGCAUAACCCUUAACCUGCCUAACUGCUGGUUGUAUCAGUCUGUCAAGCUUCUCUACAUUGCUGGCAUCCUGUGCACCUAUGCUCUGCAGUUCUACGUCCCUGCAGAAAUCAUCAUCCCCUUCUCCAUCUCCCGGGUGUCAACACGCUGGGCACUGCCUCUGGAUCUGUCCAUUCGCAUCGCCAUGGUCUGCCUGACAUGCCUCCUGGCCAUCCUCAUCCCCCGCCUGGACCUGGUCCUCGCCCUGGUGGGCUCCGUGAGCAGCAGCGCCCUGGCCCUCAUCAUCCCACCCCUCCUGGAGGUCACCACCUUCUAUUCAGAGGGCAUGAGCCCCCUCACCAUCUUCAAGGACGCCCUGAUCAGCAUCCUGGGCUUCGUGGGUUUUGUGGUGGGGACGUACCAGGCCCUGGAUGAGCUGCUGAAGUCAGGAGACUCUCUCCCCUUUUCUAACUCCACCACGUUUAUUCAGUGAGCAUGGCACUGCUCCUUGCCCACCAGCACCUGACUUUUAAUGAAACAGAUCUCUUUUUUUUUUUUCUUGAGAUGGAUUUUCGCUCUUGGGCAAUGGUGAGAUCUCGGCUCAUCACAGCCUCCAUCUCCCAGGUCCAAGUGAUUCUCCUGCCUCAGCCUCAUGAGUGGCUGGGAUUACAGGCAUGUGCCAGCAGGCCCGGCUACUUUUUGAAUUUUUAGUGGAGAUGGGGUUUCUCCAUGUUGGUCGGGCUGAUCUCGAACUCCCAACCUCAAGUGAUCCUCCCGCCUCUGCCUUGCAAAGUGCUGGGAUUACAGGCAUGAGCCACUGUGCCCAGCUGGAUCUCUUUUAUAUGCAUUAUCUUUAUGUCACUGCUUUACCUUUUCUCUGGGCCAAGUCAUGAUGAAACAAGAAAGGACUCACUGGCUACAAGCUCUAAAUGGUAAUUUUUUAAAACUUUAUUUUGUUUACUUCUUCUUUUCACAUGUGGCAUUCCACUACAUUGUGAGCUUUCCCUUGGAAGGCUCUGGAUUCUAUCCCCCCUUAUAAUAAUUGGCACAGUGAAUUUCAUACCCGGCGUGGAACUAUGCAAGAAGAAGCCACCAGAGGGCCCCAAGUGACAGCAACUGGCAGAAGGAAGUGCAGCCAGCUAAGACUGUCCACGCUUUGGCAGACAACGGGUUUUCCCUUUUCUGGUUCUGUUCAAAACGCAAACACUAAGAGUGGGUACAUAAUCCACAAGCCAGAAAGUUGUGCAUGGCUCCAGUGUUGAGAUGGGUAAGGCCAAGAUGACCAGUGUGAAGAAACUCAGAUAGAAAGGAGCCACGCAUAUUUAGAGGCAACAAACAUUUCAAACCAUUAGAGAAUAUUUUCUCCCAAUUCGAAGAUCCCAACCAUGAGUAGGAAGCAUGGAAAUAGAUGUGCCCAUGGGGAGGGAUGAGAGGUGAACAUGAAAAUUAUUUGAAUAGACUUUACUUCUUAAUUCUUGCAACAUGCAUUCUUGAUUACCUACUGUGUACCAAAUAAGAUUUUGUAGAAUAAUGCAAAAAUGACCAUAAAUUCCUCUUGAUAAUGUGACUUUGCAGCUGCUCCUAUGAAGAGACGAAGUCUAUAUCUCUAUGCCUUAAAUUUGUUUUUGUUCUCCCCCCCCGCCUUUAAAUGGAGUCUCACUCUGUUGCUCAGGCUGGAGUGCA